UCCACAGUCAUAUAUAUUCUAUUCACCAGUUUUACAGCUCUUUUGAAUGUAAAGUGACUGCAAUGAGAUUCUUUAUACGUAUUUUGUUGCUUGUUUGUUUUUUGGCAUUAAUCACUUGGAUAUUCAUUAACUACAUAAAACUUCAAUCUAACAACUUGUUUGAAACAUCUUUUCAUAAAAAAAAUAUGAGUAAAACAUUCACCUUUAAAAAAAGUACAACUGAAAAUGAAACAACAAACAAGGUUUACCGACUCGCUGUUGUUUGUUACAUACCUUCGUCACCUAAAGAAGUACAAACUUUUUUAACUAUGUUGUAUGGCUCCUGGAGGUAUAUAAGUAAUAAAAAAAAUGAAUUUAGUAAAACGCAUUUUUUAGUAAACCACGUCAAUCUUAUAACAUUUACGCAUGUUGAUAAUAUAAUUAUGCUAAAAAACAUUUGUCAAAAGUAUAAUGCACGAUUAGAUAACGAAGAUAAUGACGAACGCUGCUGGUAUAUUCGACAAGAUUAUGAGAUUAAUAUUGGCUAUGAUGCAAUUAAUUCCUUUAUAAUGUUUAAUCGAACCGACAUAUACGAAAUUUUAAACCCGUAUAAAUAUAUUAUGCGCACCGACUACGAUGUGUUUCUAACCCCAGCAUUAUACACAUGGAAAGUUAAAAAAGAUUUGGUGGUAGGAAGAGGGGGUUACAGUGUUUAUUUUACUCAUAAAAGAUUAAAACAAAUAUCACUAAAGUUGAAUAUGACGCACAAAGGGGUUCAUGAUGUUGGUUCAACAUGGUUUGGGGAACCAAAGUUGUUUAUCAACUUAGCAAAAAAAGUUAUAGAAAAUACAGCUAUGAUAUACUUAAAUGAAUUUAAACCCAACUUGCCCGGAUUACGAAAUCUCAAACUAAAAAAAAAUAUAAACGGAGUUUGGCCCCUGUGGUGGAAGCCAGUCUCUUUAUUGUAUGGUGCGGAAAUUUCACUCAACCAUUGGAUUGACGAUUUUUCCGUUUUGAACAAAGACUAUUUAGAUACAUCUUCAUGUUCUAAUUCUAGCAUAUGGAACAGCCCACAUAUUCAUUGUUGGCAUAAUGAUUGUGAGUUCUACAAGUUUAGUUUCUUUGAGAAAUUAAAUGCAGUUCUUGGUACAAGUGAAUAUAUUUCAUCUUCUAAUUUUCACCUUUUAGUCGACAAUCUUUGCGAUAAAGAUGUAUCAAAAAUGACUAUCAGUGAAUACUCAACUUUUAUUGCAUGGAAUUCAGUUGGAAAGCAUAUGAAAAAAAUGGCUUAUUUUAAAAAGAGAUAAAUUUUUAUUAA